AUGCUGAGAGCCAUCAGACCACAGGAUGCUGAGAGCCAGUCAGACUACAGGAUGCUGAGAGCCAUACCACAGGAUGCUGAGAACCAGCCAUACCACAGGAUGCUGAGAGCCAGGGCAACGAAGGAAGGCAGCAGGACGGACCCACCUAUUGGAGGCGCUGGAGGAAGUGUUCGUGUACUCUUUCUGCAGCAGUCUGGUGUCCCUCUGACAAGAGCCACGCCAGGCUUACCAGACCCUUCCCAACCCUCACCAGCUUCACCUUCUGUUACACCAUCAGGAUCAACAGACCACCGCAUGACUGGGUACAAGGUGGCACUGCACAGCACCUGGGGAGAUUCAGUGGUGUCGACACCAUUUAGACAGUGGGUACACUUCUGUUUCACCUACCAGCACGAGACAGGUGCCUGGCAUGUCUACAGGGACGGUCUGUUGGGCCAGCAGGGUAAGCUACCCGUCGUGUCUGGUCCACUGCAACCUAACGGCUCCUUUGUUAUAGGUCAGGAACAGGACAGCUUCGGUGGAGGAUUCCAGGAAGAACAAAGCUUCAGCGGAGAGAUCACUCGUCUCAACUUCUGGUUCAGAGUCCUUAACAACACUACCAUCACCAAGGUAUUAAUGUUCAGAGUUCUUAACAACACUACCAUCACCAAGCUGGCUCGCUGUGAGACAGAGGAAGAAGGAGACGCCCUCAGUUGGUCCAAGGAGACCUGGAACAUCUCUGGGGAGGUGGCGUGGACGGUGAGGGAGACGCAGCAGGUGUGUGAACGCAAGACACGACGCAUCCUCAUCUUCCCUAACAGGUUCUCACUCAAGGCUGGUCUUCACCUCUGCAAGGUGGUGGGAGGUAGAAUAGCAGUGCCUCAGUCAACUGCUGAGAACAUUUGGCUCUACAACGUCACCCAGCAGGACGCCGAGUACUGUACCGGAGGGCAAGGCUCUAAUUACUUGUGGCUGGGUGCCACCGACCAAUGGCACGAGGGCCAGUGGCAGUACUGGGAUUCGGGCCAGACAGUGCCCUGGAUUGGGCCCUGGAGGGGGUCGGGACCCAACGGUGGAGUCGUGGAGAACUGCCUGGUCCUGCAGACCGUGCCCUUCAUGGACCAGUGGUCUGACAUCGCUUGCCUGGACACCUACGAGUUCUGCGUGCCCUGUGAGUUCAUUAGUUCUCCUGUUCUCUACCUGAGGGGCCCGGCGGUGUGCCCAACCUCGCCCUUCAAUCGUCAGUAUGCCCUGGUGGAGAAGCGCGGCGGUAAACUCGCCUUGGAUGGCUAUCUUCACUCGGAUAUCUUCUGGGACCCCAACAACUCCACAUGGGUCAUUAAGUCUCUUAAGGAGGCAGGUGCAGCUGCAAGUUGGAAACCUUCAGAUGAUGGUAAGUACCCGCUGGGUACCAACACCUGGGUACUGGCUGGCAAGUUAUGCGGGAUGAAGCCUGGUGAAGAGGUCAACUUGACACUGUCAGUGUGUGAGACUGGAGAGUUUACCUGUGCUGACGGUUCCUGCAUCAAGCUUUUCCAACGCUGCGACCUGCGCAUUGACUGCCCCGACCAGAGCGACGAGGCACAGUGCUCAGUGGUCGAGGCUCCUGAUAGCUACAGGAAAACCAUCCCCCCGCCAUCCAUCGUAGAAGGCAAACCCCUCGACAUUUUCUUUAUGAUCGACCUCACCUCCUUCCCCUCCAUCGCCACGCAAGACUUGACCUUCAUCACCAACUUGAACCUGAAACUACGAUGGCAGGACGUGCGUUUGACCUACAAGAACCUGCACAACGACUCUACCCUCAACCUUCUCACCAGCGAGUCCAUCGCCAACCUCUGGACACCCAGAGUCUUCUUCAGCAACGCCCAGGGCAACGUCUUCACCAACUUGGAUCAGGGAGCUCACGUCGAGUGCAUUCGUCAAGCUCCGUCCAAGCCUGCUCCCCCGGAGUUUACUCAUGAAAUGAACAUCUUCUCUGGACGAGAGAACAGCAUGGAGAUGGGGCAGCUGUACACCGUUACACACAGUUGUGACUUUAACCUUCUGAUGUUCCCCUUUGAUGCUCAGGUAUGCUCGUUAUACUUCACGUUGGUGUCAGCAGCGUCCACCUACAUGGUCCUGGUGCCCUUCGCUGCCAACUACAGUGGACCCAAGAAUCUUAUCGAGUAUACGAUAGGUGAAGUGAGUAUGCUGGUGAAGCAGGAUGGUGAGUUCUCCAGUGUGGGCAUCAAGGUGAGGUUCUAUCGCCGCUAUGGUUUCUACCUGCUCACCCUCUACAUCCCUACUACACUGCUUAUAGUCAUUGCCUACGCUUCUUUCUUCUUCAACCCCGAGGAUUUCAACUCUCGCAUUACCGUCGCUCUCACUGCCCUCCUUGUCCUGGCCUCAUUAUUCACACAGACAUCCAACUCGCUGCCCAAGACAUCUUACUUCAAGCUGGUCGAUGUGUGGCUUUUCUUCUCCAUCGUUAUCAUCUUUUUUGUGGUAAUGCUUCAGACACUGGUGGACUUUGCUGCAGACAAGAACUGGUUCUCCUGCCUCUCUAAUAAGAAAUCAACUAAGAUACAGGUGCUGGACAAGACAGGGCGGAGGACGAAAGAGGCCUUCAUGGGCCCCAGCUUCCCAAGGGUGGCUGGACAGUAUGACAUGGCAGUGUUGAACUUUAGCAGAAUCAUCAUACCAAUUCUCUUCUUCAUCUUCAAUAUUAUCUACUGGGCCUCUGCCAUCCGUUACCUGCUUCAGCUGGACAUGUAGAGGGGAGCCCAGCCCUUCAGAAGUUGCCAGGAAACACCAUGUAAUGAGUAUUAUUAUUGCUAUAUUCAUUAAAAGUGAUAACUGCUAUAACAAAUAGCUUUGAAAGAUCAUCACCAUUCAUUCAGACUUCUAAUUUCAUUAUACAUAAAUACUUUGUCUAGAUUACACUUCCUAAUACUACACCAUCUCCUUUAAAGAAGAAUAGAUUAUGUCCAGACAUGAAUAAAGUUUAAAAGCCAUUUGUAUAGUUUUUUUAAAUUUUUUAAGUAUUAUUAGAUUUCUCUAAAGGGUGCCUUGUAGUUGCCUGAAUUUUCUUAUAUUUAUAACUUGAGAACAUCUCACCUGACCGGCUUCAAAUUUUAAAUGAAGAUAUAUUGUAACAAGAAAAGUUCAUGCAACUAUUGACAUAUGUAGUUACCCCUUGUAAAUUUUAUAUGUAUUAUUCCCAAUUGGUGCAAAAAAGACAAUUGUUAUAGAUUGUCAAGCAUUUUUUUUUUUUUACAUUUUUUUCUUACAUCUGGAAAUACUACAGAAUUAACAAUAUAGCAAACUUAGUAUACUGUAGUGAACUGAUGAGAUAGCAAGACUGGCAUACUGUAGUGUUGAGAUAACAAGCUAUGUAUACUGUAUUUCCUACGUGGUUUGAAGAAAAUAAUUUGCCGUUUUCAUUCGUAUGUACCAGUACCUUUUAUCAGCUAUUUAUAACAUUAGUAUUAGGCAGGUUAAUAUUUGUUUCUUUUGCUCUUUAGAAGUUAUUCAUGAAAGAAAGCAGUAAGGAUGUUGGAGUCGCAGUGCUGAAAUUUAGACUAAUGAUAAAAUGACCUUGCCAUUUAAAGCAAAGAAACUUACCAGACAUCUAAUACAGUAUGCCUAUAUUAAUAUAAAUUUUUAAGUUGUUCAAGGUUUGCAGACUGAAAUUUUACACUAAUGUGAAUGUUAUUGUAUGAAGAGGAAGGAAUGCACUGUACAUCAACUUAGAGAAAACUUAAAACUUGAGAAAAAUUCAUUAUUUUAAAAUGGGUAUAUUUUUUAUGUAAAAAUACAAUACUUUAGGCUAAAAAAUAUAGAUUUUAUUAUUUACAAAAUAUACAAUGUAUAUUUGAAAUAUGUCACCAUAAGCACAAUCUAAGCUAGGUAUUUCUUGGGCGAUUUAUAUUAAGGUAAUUAAUUUAUAGAAUUAUUUAACAACUAGAUUAUCUUGCCAAUAUUUUCACACUCAAAGAAAAUCAUUACACAAGAGGUGUUAUUGUAAAAGAUUUCAACCAGUG